CGCUCGCUCGUGCGAGGCGGCUGGCUCUCCUUCGGCCGCGCGGCUCGAACGCCACCGCCGCCGCCGGACCCGACAUGGACCUCCCGGUGCUGCUCCCCGCCCCUGCCGCGCGCAGAGGCCAAUAUGGCGGCGGCGAGCCCGGCAAGCUUCGCAGAGGCCCGGGGCCUCCCCUCUGCUCGGGCCCCGCGCGCCGCCGCCUCCUGCUCCUGAGGGGCCCCGAAGAUGGCGGGCCUGGGCCACGGCACGAGGAGGCUCCGGGGCCGAGUCCCCCGCCGGCCGAGGACGGCGGCGACGCCUUCGUGGUGCUGCUGGAGGUGGCGCGCGGCACCGCCACUACCACCGAGGCUCCGGAGCGGCGCGAGGCCGAGCCCGCCCCCCGCUCCGCCGACCGAGCCGAGCAGGGCCCCAGCGGCCCGGCCGCCGCCCCCGCCGCCGCCGCCGCCUCCUCCGGCCCCGGUCCCGCCCUCGCGGGCACCGUCACCAUCAACAACCAGAACCUGCUGGUGCGCUUCGACAACGGGGUCUUCACCCUGGCCCCCGCGCCGCCGCCCGCGCCCGUGCAGUCGCCACGCUGUCAGCCCUCCCCGGCCGGCCCGGCGAUCGUGGUGAACCCAGCCGAGAAUCCUCGCGGGGUCCCGGGCUCUGGCCCCGGCGCGCUGGGCUACCGCUGUCCCGAGCCGCAGUGCGCGCUGGCCUUCGCUAAAAAACACCAGCUCAAAGUGCACCUGCUGACGCACGGAGGCCUCCAGGGCCGGCGGCCCUUUAAGUGCCCACUGGACGGCUGCGGCUGGGCCUUCACCACCUCCUACAAGCUCAAGCGGCACCUACAGUCGCACGACAAGCUGCGGCCGUUCAGCUGCCCGGUGAGCGGCUGCGGCAAGAAGUUCACCACGAUAUACAACCUCAAAGCACACAUGAAAGGCCACGAGCAGGAGAGCUUGUUCAAGUGCGAGGUGUGCUCCGAGCGCUUCCCCACGCACGCCAAGCUCAGCUCCCACCAGCGCAGCCACUUCGAGCCCGAGCGCCCUUACAAGUGUGAUUUUCCCGGCUGCGAGAAGACGUUCAUCACCGUGAGCGCCCUGUUCUCCCAUAACCGAGCUCACUUUCGGGAGCAGGAGCUCUUCUCGUGCUCCUUUCCUGGAUGUAGCAAGCAGUACGACAAAGCCUGUCGGCUGAAAAUCCACCUGCGGAGCCACACAGGUGAGAGGCCUUUUGUGUGUGACUCUGACAGUUGUGGCUGGACAUUCACCAGCAUGUCCAAACUUCUGCGGCACAAAAGGAAACAUGACGAUGACCGCAGGUUCACCUGCCCCGUGGAAGGCUGUGGCAAGUCCUUCACACGAGCGGAGCACUUGAAGGGCCACAGCGUGACCCACCUGGGCACGAAGCCCUUCGCCUGCCCUGUGGAAGGGUGUUGUGCUAGGUUCUCUGCUCGCAGCAGUCUGUACAUUCACUCGAAGAAGCACCUGCAGGACGUGGCUGCUCCGAAAAGCCGCUGCCCCGUCUCCAGCUGCAACCGACUCUUCACCUCCAAGCACAGUUUGAAGGCGCAUGUGGUCAGACAGCACAGCCGGCGCCAAGAUCUCUUACCUCAGCUAGACACUCCAAGUUCUCUUACACCCAGCAGUGAACUCAGCAGCCCGGGCCAGAGUGAGCUCGCUAACCUAGAUCUGGCAGCGCUCUUCUCGGACACUCCCAAUGGUGGUGGUUCAGCAGGUGGGUCAGACGAGGCGCUGCGCUCCGGCAUCCUGACCAUCGAUGUCACCUCUGUGGGCUCGUCUCUGGGAGGGACCGUCCCUGCUAAUAACAGCUCCCUGGGGCCCAUCGAUCCUCUGGUCUUAGUGGCCCACAGUGAUGUUUCUCCAAGUCUCGAUAGUCCUCUUGUCCUUGGGACGGCCGCCACAGUCCUCCCGCCAGGCAGCUUCAGUAUGGAUGACGUGCAGACUGUGAGCACCAGACCACUGGGCUGCUUGGUGGCCCUGCCUGUGAAGAACUUGAGUCAAGACUCCCUGACCCUGACCUCCAGCACUACCUUGGCUGCGCAUAUCACCAGAGCAACCUCUGCAAGCACCUCCCAGGAACAUGGUAGCACCCCAAAACUGGGGGAGCAGGACUCACCACCUGGCUGCACGGUGCUGGGGCCUCAUGGAGGCAGCCCCGGGCCCCCAGCAGAGCGGCCUGGUGCCCAGAAGGAAGCAGAGCUCCGUGCAGGCCCUGGCAGCCUCUGUUUAGAAAGUGGGGGCUCAGCAAGAACUAAUUACCGAGCCAUUCAAAUAGCCAAGGAAACAAAGCAGGAAGGAAUGGAGAGCCAUGCAGGUGAGGCACGUGCUGCAGGGUGGGACACAGGCUGGGCUAGCUGGCUGGGUACAGCCCGAGCUGGAAGCAUGGGGGGCAGGACAGGUGUUUCUCUGUUCUUUGUCUCAUUUUUAUGUCGCAUAUGUCCUUUUCUGCUCCUUAGGUUUAUCUAAACUUCAGGGGGGGAAAUGUAGUCACAGAAUUCCCAGGAAUGUGUGAUAGGAACAUGUCCCGUGCUUGCCACCCCUCCCCCUUGCCCCGAAACCAAAGAAAGCUUUGUGAACAUUUGGGGAUCAAACACAGGUGUCACUUACCUGGAGGGCUGAUAAGGCAUAGAAGCAAAAUGUGCCAGGUGUCAGGAGAGCAGAGCCCAGGACCUGGUACAGAGUGGCCGCUUUGUGCUGACCCUGGAGAUGGGCCUGGCCCACUCUCCCCAGGAGACGUGUUCCUAUGUGUCUUGUGGCCUUGUGGCCCCCAGUCCAGCUUAGGUUGGAAUUGAAAAGUCAACACCAUACUUGAAUUUUCAAAAAACACCUUGUAGACCAAAUAAGAAUAGAGGGGUGGGAGAGGGGUGUGGGCACGGUCCAGUGCUUCCUUUUCAUGUGAACAUGAGCAGGGUGGGGACACAGUGGGUAAAGCAACUGGUGAACCUUUGAUCAGGGCAAUGGUGAAUUCUCACAGUAUAUUCUUUUGUGUGUCUCAUUUGUCUUAUAAUUACUUUAAAUUUACUUUUAAAAUGUCAAAAGGUAUGUGGCAUCAGUGAUGCAAUUUUCUAUCUUAUUUCCUAAUAGUAUUAUGGCUUUAUAUUUAAAAUAAAUAAUAACUUUGCUUUCUGUUGAUGAGUUUCUUAAAGCACAUUUUUCACUAUAACGGCUGAGGGGUAUGUCUGUGUUGACUGUGAUGUAGAAAGGCUGCUUCCAUGGCUCUCAGAGAUGCUAGAAGAAGGCAUGGUGGUGGAAGUUUACAGAAGGGCCCCACACAUUGUGCCUUUGCUGGGCCUGUUAGGUAAUCUUGAACUUGAAAAGAAUCUGUAAGAAUUUGGGUAUAUAAUAUAUGUUAUCUUUAUUGCAUUGAUUGCAUGGGAGAAAUAUCUAGAGGUGAUUUUCUUUCAUUGCCUUUAUUCUUCUUUCAGCAUUAGCUUUAAAAAUAAGGGCCCUUUAAAAAUAUCAUUGCCACAUAAACCGUUACUUCUUGUAAAAUCAACAGUAUUUCCUUAACACAAGUAUCUAGUAAGUAUGUACCUUUUCCCUUGUCUCAAUGAUGAAUAUUUGUAACUGUUGGAAUCUCUUCAGGUAAGAUUCAUGCCCGCUGUGCUGUGUCAGUCUCUUACAGCUGUAGCUUUCUCCUGUUUUUCAGACACUGAGUUGUUUGUUCAUGGUGUUUACUGAUUGUGUCACUGAGGUCAAAUUCCCAGGUCCCUCUGUGUAUGUUUCCUGUACAUUAGCCAUGACAUCCAGUGGCAUGAUCCAGUUGUUCUGGGGCUGGCCACAGCGUGAGCAAGCUGGGGGAGACUCUUGCAGGAGGCCCCUGGUACGGGGGGUCUGUUCUGUGUUAUUGGCAGCCAGUAGGGUUCAUUGACUCAGUGCCUUCUUUGCUUGGAGGUCACAGGAAGAUGGGACUCUAAUUCUAUCAUUCCACUUUCCCCAUCAGCUAGAAUAAUUAGGUAAGCAGUGACUGGCUGUCACUCCUCUGUCCUGAGGUAUGGGUCAUGCAGGAAAAUGACAAUGACCUUGCUAAUGACUUUUCCUUCACGUUUUCUGUGAUAAUGAGUGUUUAGGGAUUUUAACAUCUACAGAUGAGUACACAAAUAGAACUUGUCGGCCAGGUUGCCCAUUUGCGUGGGUACAGGCAGUGGGAAGCUGUGCUUGUUGGGGUGGGGACAUUCCUUGCUCACCUUGGGGUGUCCUUACCUUCCUGGUCUUGGAAUUGACCUCCUCUUCAGUGACCAGCCCACUGGGUGUGCAUACUGAGUCUGGGAAGCCUUCCCCUGUAUUUUGAGCUCAAAAAAUUUUACAUUUUAGAAACAUACUUUGUAUUUCCUAGGUGUGGCCUUGGUACUUCUCAGGAAAUCCAGGAA